AACUGCCUCACCAGCUAAAGACUCACUCAUCACGUCUAUAAUCGCAACACAAGAUUGUUGUCUUGGUUUCCCAGCCUCGAUUCCUUACUGAUGAGGGACUUUCGGCCCGACUGACGCAGGGAGAUGGGGGUACUCAAUAUUUCAGACCAGCCGCCUCUGGUCCAGGCCAUAUUUAACCGAAAUGUGGAUGAAGUGAAGUUAUUUUUGCACAAGAAAGAUGAAGUCAAUGCACUGGACCAAGAGCGCCGCACACCUCUUCAUGCUGCUGCCUGGCUGGGGGACGUUCAUAUAAUGGAGCUUCUCAUCAGCGCCGGUGCGAAUGUCAAUGCAAAGGAUCACGUGUGGCUAACACCGUUGCACAGAGCAGCUGCUUCCAGAAACGAGAGGGCUGUGGGGCUGCUGCAGAAAGGAGCUGACGUUACCGCGCGGGAUAAGUUCUGGCAGACACCACUGCACAUCGCAGCGGCCAACCGAGCCACGCGUUGCGUCGAGACCCUGCUGCCCCAUGUGACCAGCCUGAAUAUGGCCGACCGCACGGGCAGAGCGCCCCUGCAUCACGCUGCUCAGAGUGGAUACCAGGAGAUGGUUAAAUUGCUGCUGAACAAGGGAGCCAAUCUGAGUGCCAGUGACAAGAAGGACAGGCAGCCCAUUCAUUGGGCAGCUUACCUUGGACAUCUGGAGGUGGUUAAGCUGCUGGUGUCUCAGGGCUCGGAUAAGAGCUGUAAGGAUAAGCGAGGAUACACCCCUCUCCACGCUGCUGCUGCCAGUGGCCACGUCGAUGUGGUCAAGUACCUGUUACGCAAUGGAGCCGAGAUUGAUGAGCCUAAUGCCUUUGGAAACACUGCUCUCCAUGUGGCCUGCUACACGGGACAGGAGGCCGUAGCCAACGAGCUGGUCAACCGUGGGGCCAACGUCAACCAGCCCAACCACCGCGGCUACACGCCCCUGCACCUGGCUGCCGUGUCCACUAAUGGGGCUCUCUGUCUGGAGCUGCUGGUCAACAACGGUGCUGAUGUCAACAUGCAGAGUAAAGAAGGGAAAAGCCCUUUGCACAUGGCAGCCAUUCAUGGACGUUUCACUCGCUCUCAGAUCCUCAUUCAAAAUGGUGGGGAGAUAGAUUGUGUGGACAGAUAUGGCAAUACUCCUCUUCAUGUUGCUGCUAAGUACGGAACGAAGCUGCUUAUCAGCACCUUAAUGACAAACGGUGCUGACACAGCCAGGUACAUACACAAAGGGAUUCAUGGGAUGUUUCCUCUACACUUAGCUGUGCUUUACGGGUCCUCUGACUGUUGUCGUAAGCUACUUUCCUCAGGUCAGCUCUACAGCAUUGUGUUGUCAAUGAGUAAAGAACACGUGCUCUCUGCCGGAUUUGACAUCAAUACCCCAGACAACUUCGGGAGGACCUGUCUACACGCUGCUGCCUCUGGAGGAAAUGUUGAAUGUCUCAACCUGCUCUUAAGCAGUGGAGCUGACAUGAAUAAGAAGGACAAGUUUGGAAGGACUCCUUUGCACUAUGCGGCUGCUAACGGGAGGUAUCAGUGUGUAGUGGUUCUGAUUGGAGCAGGGGCCGGGGUCAACGAGCGUGACCGCUCUGGCUGUACACCUUUACACUAUUCAGCUGCAUCGACUGUCUUCCUAAGAACGGACCGACCCCAUGCCAGCACCCAUCAGAACCAGGAGGAUGGGGAGAAAGAAUCCUUCCUGUGUGUGGAGCAUUUGUUGGAUAAUGGCGCUGAUCCAUCUCUGUGCAACACUAAAGGAUACAGUGCUGUGCAUUAUGGCGCCCACGGCAACAAACAAAACCUGGAGCUGCUUUUGGAGAUGUGCUUCAACACACUAGGAGAAAAGGAGAGCAACGGGUCGGUCAGCCCGCUACACUUGGCGGUGGAGUCGGGUCACUGGGAAUGUGUUACUGUGUUAAUUGAGUCUGGAGUGUAUGUGGAUGCCUGUGACCCGGUGGGGCGCUCUGUGCUGUAUGUAGCCUCUCAAAGAGGACAUGCUCGCUGCGUGGAGCUGCUGCUCUGCCAAUCAGCGUCUUGCCUGCUCGCAGAGCACCGCAGCAAAUGGGGUCCUCUUCAUGUUGCAGCUGCCAAUGGCCACUCAGAAUGUCUGCGGAUGCUGCUUUGUAGCGAGGGGGGAGCCGACCUUGUUAAUGUUACAGAUGCAGAGGGACAAACUCCACUAAUGCUGGCAGUGCUGGGGGGACACACUGACUGUGUGCAUCUGCUGCUGGAGAGAGGAGCUUGCCCUGAUAUGAGAGACAGGAGAGGAAGAACAGCCUUACACAGAGGGGCGGUGAUGGGUCGGGAGGACUGUAUAACCGCCCUGCUGUCACACAACAUCUCAGUCCUCAGCAGAGAUUUUCAGGGGCGAACCGCGGUCCAUCUGGCUGCCUCUUGCGGCCAUGCUGACAUUCUCUCCAAUCUUCUUUCUGCUGCUGACCACUCCCAUCCCCACGACCCAAUCACAGACCGCCACGGCUACACACCCGCACACUGGGCAGCCUAUCACGGUCAUGAAGACUGUUUGGAUGUUUUACUUGAACUUAAACCAUGUAGUAUCCGAGGAAACCCCUUCACCCCACUGCACUGUGCUCUCAUUAAUGGCCAUAGUGGUUCUGCAGAGCUGCUGUUGGAAUCCAGUGUUUGUAAUUCGCUGGUAAACAUCAGGGAUGCCAAAGGAAGGACCCCUCUUCACGCGGCUGCAGUUGCCGAGGACGUGGCUGGGCUGCAGCUGGUUCUGCGGCACGGAGCUGACAUCAACGCCGUGGACCACUCAGGGCGUUCUGCACUGAUGGUGGCCGCCGACAACGGUCAAAGCGGUGCUGUGGCCCUGCUGCUGCUGCACAGAGCCAAAGCCGACCUGUCCCUCCUGGAUGUGAACAAGAACACUGCCCUGCACUUGGCCUGCAGCAAGGCUCAUGAAAUGUGUGCCAUGCUGAUCUUGAAGGAGAUCCACAACCCUAUCCUCAUAAAUGCAACCAACAGUAUGCUUCAGAUGCCCCUCCACAUUGCCGCCAGAAAUGGUUUGGCCACCGUGGUUCAGGCCUUGCUGAAUCGUGGAGCCACAGUGCUGGCUGUGGAUGAGGAAGGUCAUACGCCAGCCCUGGCUUGCGCGUCCAAUAAAGCUGUUGCCGACUGCCUAGCUCUCAUUCUGUCAACCAUGAAGCCUUCCUCCUCCACUCCCUCCUCAUCCUCACCGUCGUCUCCCAGCCUCAACCUGCUCAAGCACUGUGGCAUCACCGCCGCCUGUCCCCCCCUGCCCAAUGGAGGCCUUCGCCAUGGUUACGGCAAAGAUCGCCAUGGUGCUACUAUUGGCUUGGAUGGCUACUUGACCGAGUAAGGCGUUCUUACUCGCUAAAAAAAAAAAGAAAAAAAAAGCGUGGUCGCUUGGUUUGGUCCUCUCUACACACCUAGAUAAACCUAUAUGCAAUUACAGCCACACAUCCCUCCUGUGCCAGUAUCAAAGCUUUUCUUCACAUCUCAGUAGAGAGCAAACACGAGAGGACGAAUUUAGCUAUUUAUUUCUAUUUAUUUUCCCCGCUUUCCUUUUCCUCCCACUGCCUGACUCCCAUUUUAGAUGCUGUCCAUUCAGUAUGAGUCUAAAAUCUGAAUCUAAGCCAUCUAUUCGAACCAGUAUCCAUCACUGGCGAGUCAGUCCUUUAUUUCUUCUCCAUUUGCGGUCGAUUCGACUCGGUUCAUGUUAGAAUUAUGCAGCUGUGUGUCUCCAUGGUAACAGUGAUAAUGGAUGGGUUUCCAUAUCAUGCCUCCUAUUUGCGUGACGCUGUGGCCUUGCAUAGGAAUUUACAGCCUGCCCUGAGGAACAAUUUAAACGGGUUACACUAGAUUUGCAUGAAUUUGCGGGACCAUGUAUUUGAUAGUGGUCUUGUGUGUGUGUGUGUACGUGUGUUUGUGUGCGUGCGUGCACGUGUAUGUGUGACAUCCACUUUUGCGCAACAGUCCAAGUUUUUCAUCCCAUACUUGAUUAUUUCGUUUCAAGGUUUUUAUGUGAGGUGCAAUCUGAUUUAGCACAGAUCAGGAAAAAACAAACAACCUAACAGAAUCAUAUUGACAGAAGGGAAACCAUACUACCUUAAGCCAAAAGACCAAUGACCUCCUGAGAGUGGGGUCUGAUAUUUAACGCUUGUUUACUUGUUAGAGAGAAAAGGGAUAGUGUUUGGAUGGGUUUUGAGGAUGAAAAUUCAUAUUAGGUUUACAAUGGAGGCAUUAGGUAGUCCAGAUCACUGUUUGUAGGUGGGCAGAAGAAAGGAAUUAAAAGUGUCAUGAUUUUGGCCGUUUAAACAACAUUUUGAAAACGCUACACUAAGGAAGUAUAGAAAGCACAAACAUCAUUACAGAUGCAAACGUCAUACGCAGUACUUGCUCCUUGGGACCUUUGGUUUUAUUUGUGUUGCUUUGUCACUCAUAAAAGUUCUUCAAUUAAAUCUACUGCUUUGCUAUAAUAUUUAGUGUGGAGUUGCUUUCACAGUGCCUACUGAAUUUAGUUUUGUCCAAUCAGUUAAAUACACCAUGUUCGCUCCCUUAAAGUUGUUGAAAUGGUGCUUCGACCAGUGAAAUGAUUAUUUCGCUAAAAUCCGUUAUGAAUUGAUCACCUGAAUAGAUGAACAUGUGAUUCAUAUAUCAGAACCCACUUGGGUUGUUUUAGACUUUGGGGAGUGUAUAUGUGAAGUGUGUGGGUUUUUUUUUUUUUUUACCUUUUGCUUAUGGUGUUGGGGAGCAGUCAUGGGUAUGACCAAAGUCAAGUGAUUUCUAAUUACCAUUUUAAUAGAAACCAAUAGAUAUCCAAAAAGGCAAGUACUGAAAUAAGAUUCACCCCUGCUCUUUUUAAAAUGCUUCCUUAUUGCCAAAGGUAGAUUAAUUAACAAAGUCAAGAUUGUGCUUCCAUUAGGUUUUUACUAAGCACACAAAUUUUUUUUUUUUUUUUUUUAACAAAAUAAGAACAUUGUGAGUGAGUGUUUAAAACAUCCCUUUUUUGUUUGUUCACCACAAACAGGCAAUAUAUGCUCAGUCAGUAAUGAGACAAUCAGUUGAAAGGGCUUUUAAUUUUGCCAUAGAUUUCUUUUUUUCCUAAACAAGCAAAAGCGUCAUUUGUUUUCCAAUUAGGAAGAGCUAUACAAAUCUGUAUCUCUUAAUUUAAGAAUUCAUGCAUACUUUCAGGCGUGAAAUGUGGACUUGUUCUCAAAUAUACCAAUACUAUUGCUUUCAUUACAGUAUAUCAGGAUUUUAGUGACGUAGAUAGAGUAGCUUUGAAGUAUUGUAACAUUUAACUGAUAUUUUAUGGGUGAAUGAAGGUGUGUAGACAAACGAAACCGUAACGUUAGAUGUUUAAAGGCUGUGUGGAGAGCAUAUUUAUAUUGAUUCACGAAAUGACCUCUUUGUAAUGACAGGUUUUGGCUGCUUAAACAAGUUUCUCCACUCCACACAGACCUGAUAUAAAGCACUUGCUUGUUCAGUAACAAAAAAAAAAAGAUGGUUUAAAAAAAUGCGCUUUUGCAUCUGUCACAAGCUGUAAAUGGGCAAAUAUCUGACCUCUACUUGCAAGAGUACAAACGUGCAUGUGUGCAAAUCAGAUUAGUCAAGUUAUAUCGCAGUGUUUUGCCUGGGAAAUAUUUUAAAGUGGGCUACAUGACUAAGAGGAAGUCCCUCGUGGGAGUUUAUUUCAAACAUGGUUACCUGUUCUUGAGGUUGACUUUAUCACGUACAAUAACUUUUGCUGCGGUUUGGUGGAGGGAAUCGGUGCGUGUGUAGACAGCACAGGGUACGAUAAUGAAGUGCAAGUUGAUGAGCUUGAAGUUAUUUGCACUGCCAGUUAUACUGCUUGUAGUUGUACUAAAAAAAAUUAUUUAUAAAUUUAGUCUAGCUAGUCAUACCACAAGUAGUUGCGUUCAAAAAAACAAGUGCCCGUGGAGCCUGUGAUUAGUAAUACAUUUCAUAUUGGUGCAAGAAAAAGUGCUGCUUUCGAUUGUAUCUCAGCUAAUUCUUUUUUUUUUUUUUCUUUAAGAGGUGAUCUUUGUCUAUUUAUUAGCGAAAAUAAUUCUUAUCCAGCCAAAACAAACUAAAACGUACUUUCAAAUUUCUAAUUGUCUUAUUGGCAUUGCACUAAAAUUGAAUUGUUUUGUCGAAUGUAUGCCAUGAUAGUAGCAGCUUGCUUCGAUGUUGGUGGAAAAACUUGUAUGCAGUAGUUAGCGAUUUAAAUAAUUAGCUUGACAACAGGAACUUUGGAACUGAACCCUUUCAGACCUUUUUAAUAGACCGAGUUGGUGCAUUAGGUGUUCUGUGUACGAACAAUAAGGGAACUGGUCACAAAGUGGCAAGACUUUUUCUUUUUUGUAGGCUAGAGAACUGAUAACUGAUAAGGGGGGGGUUUCCUCCCUGAAAUCAUUUAGUGCCAUAACUUUUCUUUUUUCCUUUCUCAUUUUGAUACGUUUGUAAAAAUGUGAAUGAAUGAUUCCUUGGGUUCAGUUUUUGAGUGUGCGUCAAGACCAUUACCAAAAAAGAAAAUGAACGAAGUCCAAGCUAACAUAAGCUACUGUGCCCAUUAUAUAUUUUGGAGAUCCACGUAGUGUGUUAGUUGUUGUAAAAUGCCAGUACGUUCACAAUCAGACUGUGUAAAAAUGCCAGUAUAUUCGUAACUAAGCUAUACUGAUGGGCUGGUUAGCCCUCGGUGGAGAUCACCUCCAUUUGAAUGCUUUCGUGGCUAAGCCAUAACUUAGCAUUUGCCCUUAUAAAUUGAGUCUCUGGAUUUGAGUCGUUCAGUCAAUGGCUCCUUCAAAAACGAUAUUUUCUAAACGUUCUAUUGUAAUUGAUAGUUCCCACAAACCACUGAUAAUUUGAGGUUUAUAUCAAAGCAAUGGAAUUACGAAACGCCUUAAUUUCAUUAUUAACCGAAGGGCAAAUCUGACAUUUACCAAAAUGACACAUUUACAUAGCUUUUCUUGUUUUCUUCUGGAUCAGCAAAUUGUGUGCUUGUUUUUCUUUUUGUUUGUUUUUACACACUUUUGCUAUGAAGGGCCAGCUUUCAUUGCCUGUUGACCGAGCUAUAAUGGUUGCAGUUAAAUGCAGGCAGUUGGAAACUCGAGUCGUCUAAUAAUUGUAACCAUUUUGUUGGAAAGCAGAUUAAUUGUAGCUAACUCAGUGUCCUUAUUGUAUGUCCAUCCUUGCAUUUUUGUAUCGAUAUCAUUUUUUCUCGCAAAGGUAUUAAUGGCUGAUAGAAUGUCUGAUUUACCUCAGUGGACCUCAGCGUCCCUACUACUUGAAGACACAUCCAUUUAAGGCAAUACUCAAAACACCCGUUUCAUUUAACCUAUGUCUAUCUCCCAACUUUUUGCCUUAAGAGGAAACGGUAUAGUUCAGCAGCACUUGAGAGAUUUUGUCGUUAACCUGGGAUCUCGUUUCGAUGAGAUUCAUAAGAAGCACACUGUUCUAUAGGUUGUUUUGCUGAAAGAUGUACCAUAAUGGCUUCUGGCCUCAAAAUAAUCAUUUUCAUGGAAUUUAUUAGGAGUUUUUGCACUAGAACAUAGGAAACAAAAUCUUUUUUUUUUAUACAUAUGUUUCAAAUAUUUAGCUGUAAAAUUUAUUUGGAACAGCUAAUGUUUGACCAACUUUACUCAUUAAGCAAAAAUCUGACAAUGUUGAGUUUAAGUUCUCCUAAAUGAAACAUCAAAAGUACUGAUUUAUAAAAACACCAAUUUGCAGAAAAAAAUCAGUACGGGAAAACGGGUAGUGAAUGCUAAAAGGUUGGGAAUACAUCCAAGUAGAAAAAAGGAUGUAUUAUCCAAUGCUAAAUUCUUUUAUACAAGUAUAUACCUUUUCUCCCCUUUUUUCAGUGUCUUAGUUGAAACAUUUAGGUAGUAUAUACUUGUGUGAUGUUAUAAAUGCAAAUAUUUCUAACAAGGUAAACAAGAGCACAAGAAGAUGUGCUGUACAUAUUUCCUCAAGAAGUGUGGUCGGAAUUGCCUUGACGUGGCAAUCUUACCUCGUAAACUAGCUGUCCUUAAAAUCUAUCGUGCUAUAUAUACUGGUACAUGAAAUUUGGGUGGGCUUUUAGCUACGCAUGCUCUGUGCAACUGGAAUCCUAUGGUCACGUUCUGAGGCCUUGAAAUGGAAAACAUUGGCGUUUUCAAGGGGUGCUCUUGAACUUGAUGAUGUCCUUCACCCUGGCUUAGUGUUACUUCAUGUUUCUACUCAGUAAGCGCUAAUAGUUCAAAUUGUAAAUCUGCAAGCGAAUGAUCUAAUCAAAAAUAGCUGCUUUUUGUUGUUCUCGCCAGCAGCUUGUUUUCAUAAGGCUAGUUAGAAGACCACCGGAGCCUGACUGAAUGGCUGAUCUGACAGGGCACGUAGGGAUCCCUUUAAAAAGCAUUUUCAUAUGUAAAAAAAAAAAAAAAAAAAAAAGAAAAACAAAAAAAGCUAUGCAGGAAUACUUUCUUUUAACUCGCAGAGUUGCAUAGUGCCACCAGAGAUGGCCCAAGAGCUUCAAUGAGCGAUCACGGACCUUCAGAAUUUCAUCUGUAAAUCUAACACUGACCUUACUUGCUUGUUGGCUUCGGUUGAGAAAAUGACUGCUUUGCGUGGCAUGCUGCUAUUUCUUUGGAGUCUGUAAGCAUCUUCAUCAUCUCUUUAAAGUACUACACUUUGUGAUGAGUAUGUGGGAUUGUGCCUUUUGUUAUCAAGUACAUGCCACAGGGUAUGGUCUUCCAUUAACACCUUUAGUGAGCCUUAUGAAUGAACAACUGUUGUACGUUUUCGAAAAAUAGCCACCAUCCACGUGGUUGCGUUUUGAGCCGUCAAAACUCGCGAUCAAAUUUGUCAUGACACACGACGCAGAUGAAUAAUUAACUUUUGUAAAUUGAAUGAAACCAUAACGGCGAAACAACAUUUGAUCGGUUCUAGCUAGUGACCUGUUCAAACUCUGUAUGGAAAAAAACGUGUUUAGUUUUACAACGUGUGAACUCUGUAGUGAAGUAGACGUGUGCCGUGUCGUUUUUGUGUGGUAAUGCAUUGGAGAUUAGUUGUAACCCAGUGUCUUGUAGAAUGUUGGCAUGACUCCUUUUCUCUAUGUUGUAUCGACGUCAAAGUAUCCACCUGAAAUGGACUGAAGUGCAAUAACUUUUUUUGUGCGCCAUAGUAUCCUUAAUGGAGGAAAAUGCCCUCUUACAUCAUCCAUCAUGUUUUGUUUAGUUUUUUUUCUUUAAGCAGGGUAUUUUAUUUUACUUAUUUAUUUUUUUGGAUUGUACAAAUUUGAACUCCUUCCUGCUUUGCCUCCAUAAGUGGCACUUUCUUGUGGAAUGUACAAUGGACUUGGUGGAAACUGUGAUAGGUGUCAAAGCCUUAUCAAUACUUCUUGCUUACUGGAAAGAUGGCAUUUCUGUUUGCUCAUUGGUUGAUAGGUCAGAGAGUGUCGUUUUCCAUGUACCUUCUCCAGCGCCACUUAAAGUCUGUGUCUGCUUUUGUGGCAUGUUAAGCAUUUAUGUGUGUGUGCGUGCGUGUGUGUGUGUUUUUGGGGGGUGUUUAGACCUAUUCAUUUACCUCUAAUCAAUUGAUUUGAUACCAAAAGCGAAGCGCAUUGCCUAGAAUUACAGUUCUUUCUUUUUUUUGGAUUAGAGAUGUGAUAGUUCUAUUUGGAAAUGGUAUCUUGAAUGUUGUUUUUGUUGUCAGCAGUGAAAUAUGCAGGGUUUUGUUUCUCCCCACACAUUUGAACUUUGGGCCAUAUGUUAUGCGGUACCAAAGAACGUCUCAUUGCUUAUCCUUGGAUCAGUUUUUGUUUUUUCGGUCGGACGUAAAGAUCCCAGUAUUUGUCAUUUAAAUGUCUUUGUAAGUUUAAAAAAAAUGAACAAAAAAUGGAACCUGUAUCAUAAAGAAACAUUCCUUUUUGAAUUUCAUUGUACAAAACAGACGUACCAUUGACAACCAAUACCAGAAGUCAUAUAAUAAUCUUCAGAAUACCUUAAGUUGCAACUUACUUUAAGGUCCUUCAUUUUGGCUUGAAGCAAUCAAUGAUUUCAUAUUUGAUAUCACAGGGAGCACAGUGAAUAAAGUAAUCUAGUAUUUCACAACAUAGGACCAAUGUAUGUCUCUGUAGAGAUGGCCACUUGAUUUCAUUCAAGAACAAGCAAUACAAGUAUCAAGAGACAAUUGUAUAUUUCUAAAGAUUUGUUGGCUCUGGCUGCUUUUGGCCUGGCUAUGUAAUCUGUGGCACCUUAGGUUAACACCCUCUUCUUGUAACUGAAUCCAACUUAAGAGAUUUCAGUGCUGAGAGAGCCUUAUUUCAGUCAAACUGAAUGUGAAUUGGAUGCGUGCAGGAUUUGGCCAUUUCGAGGCGACUGGCUUUAAUCGAGCGGACCUCCUGCGUCCCGUGUUUGAAUCCGGUUUCACUAGGACCCGCCGUCUUUAAGACUUUCCAAAAGAUUGCUGUUACGUAGAGAGAGAGAAAAAAAAAGCAAAAAUACUACACCGUGGCUGUGCUUCCAUCACCGAAACGCUUAGAUGGAUUCCCACUAAAACAGGGUUACUGUCACUGCUUCCAAGCUCUGCUUGAACAUGCCAAGUAUUUGAAAUGCGUUAAGAUGUGAAGGAAAUGUGACCCUGACUUUAAAAAAACAAAAAAAAAAACAAAACUGCACUAUUUACUCGAGUAUUGAGCGCCACUCUCCUCUAAUUGUUUCGACGAUGGAAACGUAGCGAGCGAUCGUGUAGGGCAGCACCCAGUGUGUAUGUGUUGUGCGUGCGAGUGCGACGAACAGGGGUCAUAUCAACCCUGUAUACCUCAUCGACAUAUCUGCAAAUAUUCUUAUCCUGUCUUUAAGUUGAACGUGUAGGAGAUACCAUCACCAGCAGAAGCCUGGGACCAUUGCAGGGUCUACGACAUCACACCGAUUCCGUAUCAACCAAUAAGAUCACCACUUGCUUGCAUCAAAAAAAAAAAAAAAAACAAACCUGCCGCUCCGCUUCAAGCCUGACCCAUCGCCAACACAAUGGUUUAGAAUUAGCAAAACGUGAGGCAUUUUAAGUAGCAUUAUCCUACCUCUGUGUUACAGCUUGAUGCAUUGAAAACUCCACCAAUUGUUGAUGACAAAUGGAAUUAUAUAUGUAUAUGAACAGAUAUAUAACUUAUAACCAACAAUCGGUGAUAUAAGACGACAGUUAGUGUACUUGACUGUGUGUCUGUCUGUGUGUAACAUGAUAUUUGUAAGUGUAUACACAACAGAGUACCACUGGAAUGUGAAGCCAGACUGUAUUAUUUUUCUUUUUCUUCGAAUCCAAUUUUCUCCCCAUUAUAUUUCGAAUGAUGUCAUAUGUGUCUUGCCUCUAUUGCUCCUUUAUUUUUUUUUGCUUUAUUUUGACAAAACAGGGAAAAAUAUCAGCCUAUACUAGCUGGCAUUUACAUUCAUGCUCGCAUUUUUUUUUUUCCUCCUCCGUCUCUUUCUCACUUCUAAAUGUUCACUGUGAGCGCUCUGAACUCAAGUUUACAGCUCUUCAUGGUAUGUACGUGUAUCUGGUCGAGUUCAGUAGAGUGCGUGGAUGGUUGUAUGACUUUGGUACUGAAGCAACAACUCAAUUUUCUACUGGUGGUGGGGGUUUGAAAGGGGGUUGGUUGGUUUGAGUUAUGCACAUUCAUUCUGUACUAAAACAUGGGGUAUGUAGAGUUCCCUAGCCUUACGCCCUUCCAAAAACACUACUUUGGUCACUGGCUAAUCCGUGUUAGCUAUCCGCCACCCUGCCAACUUUGUACCUCUGUACAUAUCCGUUUUGGACCUGGGGGCACGGGGCGAAUUCGGUGGAUUCUGCCCAAAUCUGUCAGGACGGUCACGUGACCCCCUCCUAGACCUGAGGAAGGCGAACCCUCACCCUUUCAACCCCACAAAAAGACCUCAAGCCAUUCAUUUCCUUAUGUGACAAUGCAAUCCUGAAAGCACUUUGCCUUGUUAAUUCAUAGUAUGAGCUUGUGAAUGGUUACUUGUUACUAACAGAUGUGAAACUCUGUACAUGUAUUUAAGUAAGAAAGAACAUAAUCAUUUUUAAUUUGAGCUUAUUAAAAAUGAACUGGUCUCUCUGACUUUAAAGACAAAAAAAAAUAUCCCAUAUGUUUUUGUUAGUCAGGUUCAUGAACUGCUGCAGCCAGUAGGUCUUGUCAUUCAGUAUCGUGGCUUAGAAUUGGUAAUGUUGAAAUAAAAUGCUAUUGCUACAUACAA